AUGACCGCCGGAGAUGAGAAGGAACUCGAGUGCAUUCAUCAGGAGAGCGUCCCCAGGAUCGUCACUAUAGAGAACAUCCGUGUUCUCGGGCUGGAUCCAGCCGAUGAACAAUUCUACAUGAGCUUCUCCGCAGAGGACAGGAAAAAGAUCACACGCAAGAUUGACGUUCGCUUGAUCCCCGUGCUGGCUUUGCUGUACCUUCUAUCUCAUCUCGACCGCGCCAAUAUCGGCAACGCAAAGAUCGAAGGACUCGUGGAAGAUCUCAGGAUGGAUGGACUUGAGUGGAACGUGGCACUCAGUGUCUUCUUCAUCCCAUAUAUUUUACUGGAGAUUCCAAGUAAUAUGUUCCUCAAACGCCUCCGGAGACCGAGUACCUAUCUAGGAGUUCUGAUAGUUACCUGGGGUACUGUUAUGACUUUGACUGGAGUCGUGCAGAACUUCGCAGGCUUAGUGGCUACCCGGAUCUUUCUUGGAGUUUUUGAAUCCGGAUUUUUCCCCGGGGCAGUUUACUUGUGCUCCUUUUGGUACAUGCCACGAGACCUCACCACCCGAUUAGCCUGUUUCUAUUGUGCAAGUGCACUUUCGGGUGCCUUCUCAGGGGUACUCGCCGCUGGGAUUGCGAAAAUGGAUGGUGCAGGGGGAUAUGAGGGCUGGCGGUGGAUCUUCAUACUCGAGGGACUUGCAACCGUCGUGGUAGGGGUUGCUUCAUUCUUCCUCCUGAUUGAUACCCCGGGAAUGUCGUCGAGAUGGCUGGAUGCGGAUGAGAUCAGGUAUCUUGAGCUGCAGCUGUUUAUCAAAGAUGGAGGCGCAUUUGAAGAGACAGACCAAGAGGUCGAUAACAAACAGAACCGGCUGAAAGACCUGUUUGCCGUUCUCACUAACUGGAAGAUGUAUGGCUUUGGGUACAUUCUUCUAUGCCAGACGGCUUGCUCAUACGGUACGAAGUUUACACUUCCCACGAUAACCAAGGCUAUGGGGUACAGCAACACCAACGCACAGUUCAUGACGGUACCACCCUAUGUUGUCGGCGCCAUUUCCGCCGUAUGCUUCUCUCUACUUUCCGACCGCUUUCACUGGCGCAUGCCGUUUGUCGUAACCCCCCUUGCCCUGGUGACAGUCGGAUAUAGCAUUAUUCUGUCCCUCGAUGGCAAGCUCGGUGAGAAUAGCGGCCUGGCCCUCUUCUCGAUGAUCUUCGUGUGCUUAGGUCUCUACCCCACCCACCCGGCGGUAUCGUCGUGGUCAUCCAGCAAUCUACCAUCGUCAAGCCAACGGUCAAUCGGGUUAGCUUUUAACAUAUGCGUCGGAAAUAUUGGAGGCAUCAUUGGAAGCUUUAUGUAUAUCGAUGAGGAGGGUCCGGCGUAUCAUACAGGAUUUGGCUUGUCUGUGGCUCUAGCGGGUACAAGCUUGAUCGUGGCUGCGGUGUUGGAUUUGCAUUUCUAUCUUCAAAACAAAAAGAGAGCACGUGUGUCGGAAGACGAAAUCAAGCGGCAGCAUACGGGUGCCGAGCUGAUGGCCAUGGGUGAAAAAUCACCGCUGUUUAUAUAUACCCUGUGA